AUGGCUGGUUAUAAGCCUGUAGCUAUUCAGACAUAUCCUAUACUUGGUGAAAAAAUCACCCAAGAUACCCUGUACUGGAACAACUAUAAGACCCCUGUUCAGAUUAAGGAGUUUGGUGCAGUGUCAAAAGUAGACUUUUCUCCACAGCCUCCAUAUAAUUAUGCUGUCACAGCUUCCUCAAGGAUUCAUAUUUAUGGCCGAUACUCCCAAGAACCUAUAAAAACUUUUUCCCGAUUUAAGGACACAGCGUACUGUGCUACCUUUCGACAGGAUGGUAAACUGCUUGUGGCAGGCAGUGAAGAUGGUGGAGUUCAACUUUUUGAUAUAAGUGGGAGGGCUCCCCUCAGACAGUUUGAAGGCCAUACAAAAGCAGUUCAUACAGUGGAUUUUACAGCUGACAAAUACCAUGUGGUUUCUGGGGCCGAUGAUUAUACUGUGAAGCUAUGGGAUAUCCCAAACUCCAAAGCAAUUCUCACGUUUAAGGAACAUUCUGAUUAUGUGAGGUGUGGAUGUGCUAGCAAACUGAAUCCAGAUCUCUUCGUAACAGGGUCAUACGAUCACACUGUGAAGAUGUUUGAUACACGAACAAAUGAGAGUGUUAUCUCUGUGGAGCACGGGCAGCCAGUGGAGAGUGUCUUGCUUUUUCCCUCUGGAGGUCUUCUCGUGUCAGCAGGAGGUCGUUACGUUAAAGUAUGGGACAUGUUGAAAGGAGGACAGUUGCUAGUAUCUCUGAAAAAUCAUCACAAAACUGUGACGUGUUUAUAUUUGAGCAGUUCUGGACAGAGGUUACUCUCUGGCUCACUGGAUAGAAAGGUGAAAAUAUAUAGCACGGCUUCCUACAAAGUAGUCCACAGUUUUGAUUAUGCAGCUUCAAUUUUGAGUCUUGCACUUGCACAUGAAGAUGAGACGAUAGUUGUGGGAAUGACCAAUGGAAUACUGAGUGUUAAACAUCGGAAAUCUGAAGCAAAGAAGGAUGCUUCUUCCAGGAAACGAAGACCUGCAUACCGAACCUUUAUUAAAGGAAAAAAUUACACGAAGCAACGGGAUGACAUUUCGAUCACUAGGCCAUCAAAAAAGCACCUGGAAUUAUAUGACAGGGAUCUAAAAAAUUUUCGGAUCUCUAAGGCACUUGACAGAGUCCUUGAGCCUGAGAUUACAAUAAAGACACCUGAGAUUACAGUCUCCAUCAUAAAGGAGUUAAAUCGAAGAGGAGUCCUUGCAAAUGCUCUUGCAGGCCGAGAUGAGAAAGAACUCAGUCGUAUUCUUAAUUUUUUGAUAAGGAAUCUUUCUCAGCCAAGAUUUGCUCCUGUUUUGAUAAAUGUUGCUGAAAUAAUUAUUGAUAUCUAUCUGCCUGUGAUUGGUCAGUCACCUGUAGUGGAUAAAAAGUUUUUGUUACUUCAGGGACUUGUAGAAAAAGAGAUUGAUUACCAAAGGGAACUGUUAGAAACGUUGGGGAUGAUGGAAAUGCUAUUUGCUACGACAACAACGAAAGAAAGCACUUUUCUGUUGGAACAUAAAUCUGAUGGACUUCUAGGAAAGAAGAUAGAAUCAUAGUGCAUGUUGAAUGCAAUAAGAACUAACUUGGACUAUGUUUAACUCUAUUAACUAUGGAAAAGAGACUCCUUUUGAUACAUUUUUAAAAAAAAGCUAUUUACAGAA